UAUUUGCAGAUCGUCGUGAAGACUAGAUACUGCAGUCAUGCAUAUUGAAGAACUGAGCAGCAGUAAAGGGCAGUUGUGAGAACUGGAAAGAUUAAUUCCUCCUGCAAACCGAGAAAACAGCUCAAGGUGCCGGCCAAUAAUAGAUGAUAAUGUUGUUUUUUCAUGACUGGAUCGUUCACCUGGGUAGUAUUGUAUUUUGAAGUACAGUUGUGCCAUCAAGAAUUUACGAAAAAAAAGAUAAGAUUGUGGAGAAAAUAGACGAAACUCGUUUCUGAUUUCGACUUAGCAAGCGAAGGCGAAUACAAGACAACAUGGUUAGCUUCUAUUAAAGUCUGUCUGAUGACUAUGCCCACUUCGCUGCCCUAGAUCCUGCAGAAAAAGUUAAGCUGUACUGGACCAUCCAUCAGUCGAACCAGAGCGUUUCCUUCGCUCUUGAGGCUGCUACGACAGGCUGGGUUGGUUUUGGAAUAUCUUCUGGGUCGGGUCGGAUGACUGGGGCAGACAUAGUCAUAGGAUGGGUAAAGGAUGACAAACCUUUCUUGACGGAUCGCUACGCCGAAGGACAAUGGAUGCCAGAAAUAGACGAACACAACGACUACCAUUUGACUUUUGGUGAAGAGAAAAAUGGCAAAACCAUUCUCAAGUUUUACAGAAAAAUCGAUACAUGUGAUAAAAAAGAUAUAAAGUUGACGGAAGGAACCACCAAAGUGAUCUUUGCACUGAACGACGAGGAUCCAGUGUCUCCCACGCAGAUGAAGGGACACACACCCAGCGACAGAAAUGCGCGUAGCAUCUUGUUGCUGAACUCUCAAGGAAACAGGGACAAACCCGAUCCAUCCUGGUCAUCAUUUAAUAUACUCAACAAAAAUUACGAGGUUCCUUCCAAGCACACCACUUACCACUGCUCCGUGCAUAAGAUUCCUGACUUCCCAAAAAAGAACCAUGUCAUUCGAUUUGAUCCUGUAGUCCAGCAAGGAAACGAAGGCGUUGUCCAUCACUUCAUAGUUAUGGCCUGUGACAAGGAUUUCCCAGGUGUACAUCUUAAUGCCAGUGUUGACUGCGAUGACUAUGCCAAUAUGCCUGCUGAGGUUAUGAAGUGCCGUGGAUUGGGGGUCUUGGCUGCCGCUUGGGGUGUCGGGGGUGGGCCAUUCGUUUAUCCACAACACGUUGGAUUCCCUAUCGAUGCAGAGCACAUUGGGAGGUACUUUGUAAUGGAAGUACACUAUGACAACCCAGACCACAAAUCAGGCAUUAUAGAUAACUCAGGCGUACGAUUUUUCUACACUCCUAACCUACGUAAAUACGAUGCUGGUGUAUUUACAGUAGGCAGCUCUGUCUCUCCUUGGCUCAUGGUCCCACCUAAGCAAAGGAAGUGGCUGACUACAAGUUCUUGUUCCAGAAGCUGCACAGAAAAGCAUCUUAAGAAUUCUUCUUUGCCUGAAACAGGCAUUAAGAUCUUUUCCGCGUUUCUGCACACACAUCUGAGCGGUCGUGCAGCAUGGACUCAACACACUAGGGAUGGUAAAGAACUUCCUGAGAUAGCACGUGACGACAACUAUGACUUUAACUUCCAGGACAUCCAGUUCUUGCGAAAUGAAGUGCAUUUAAAACCAGGAGACGAAAUCAUCCAUAACUGCGUGUACAACACAAUGGAUCGCACCAAGCUGACAUUUGGCGGAGACUCGACGAGAGAUGAGAUGUGUCUGAACUUCGUGUUUUACUACCCAUUCCUACCAAAGUUACCGCGUAUUUGUACCGCUUUAGACCUGAAGGCAGGAGUGGCCAUGAUGGAUAAACAUUACCCAGCCGAGGAUGGGAAAAAUGCAUCGCUAGUAUACAACCCUAUCAAAAGAAGCCACGUAAUCUGGACGCCAAAAAUGACCGAUGAAUACAAACAACUGAUUGCCGAUGAUAACCAGUUGUUUAGACCCUUUUGUUCUAUGAAAACCGUAUUCAAUAAUACACUUCGCGAUUCGCUGAAUGACGCGGAUUAUCAAGGUCCUAAAGUAAAAAUAACGACUCCGUUACCCGCACCAAAGGACCAAUGUGAUGUCUAUAGCUCUGCAGUAUGUACCUCUGGCUACUUGUUGUACCAGAUACUGACCGUCACCUUCAUCAUCCUCACUCAGUGGUAAUCCGGCGUUACACAUGUAACACCAUGUUACAUAUGUAACACCAUGUUACAUCGUACGAAAAAUUACUGAGACGAACUUGACUUUUCAUUUUUGGUUUUUGAUUUUGAUUUUUGUUUUUUGUUUUUUGUUGUUAAAUUGUGAUUAAAGUUUUUUUUUUACCUAGGA